AUGAAGUUCUCGCUGCGCCAGGGAUCUCCCCUGGUGGUCUCUGUGCGUCCUCCUGACUCCGACCGCACCCCUCCCCCCGACGUGAGCGCAGCAAGGGGAGCUCCGCCACUCCGGCGCUACCUCUGCGCGCCCCGGAGGCACAGCCUCCUCUUCUGUUUGCGCCUGAUGCGGAUGAUGCGCUUAUUUAUCACACCGCUUUCGUGUCUUUUUAGAGAAGCUGGAAAUAACAUCCAGUACAUCUGGAGCUAUUACUCAGUGGUUGAGUUGAAAAAGAUGAUGGAUGCUUUCGGCAUCUGGGAAAGGAGAGGUGUCAGCUACUGGAGAGUGCCUGAGGAGCUGAUUGAAUGCUGGAGUCUGGAAGAAUGCCCGAUGAAAGGCAGUUUAUACCAUCCAGUACACAAAAAACAAUUAAUCGACUUUACUGAAGAGGAAGACUAUUUACCAUGUAAAGUGGGUCCUAAGGCAAUCAGGUUCUCAGGUCGCUCCACAGGUACCCAUAUCAAAGUAAAAAACUCACCUGCAUUAAAGGUGGCUGCUUGCAAUGCUUCACAUUCUGCAGUGACUCUUAAAUGAUCCAGUGGUGAAAGUUUUAGUUCCUGGGCAGCCUGUGGAAGGCAGAGUGCUGACAGUAAGGCAUUAUGUCACAUGGUGUUGGAGACCAUGGUGUCUCAGAAGCCUGUAUGCAACCAUGUAGUAAAGCUGAAGUGAACUCCCCUUCUUGUGACACCAUGUCAGCCACCUUUCCCUCUAUCCGGUAAACCAAGUGGACAGGAUAGUGCUGCUGCUGAAAUUCUUACCGCUUCCAUGGUCCUGGAGGAACAACCAGAUGUAUUCACAGACAGUAUUUAACCUUGGGAAUGAGAAAGCAGAUAGACGAUGUUUGCUGUGUCCUGACUGCCUGGAUAGCUUUGCAUCCUCUGGGACAAGAAAACAUCAUCUUCUGUGGUCACUUACUCAAAGAUCUGGUGGAAAAUUAUGAUGAAAAAGUUUGUGAAAAGCAUAAGGACAAGCGAGCACUGAAAAGUGUUUUCUGCUUUGUUUCCAAGUAUGUUUUGGAUAUUGGGUAGGAAGGAAAACAGAUGUAAACCUCCCCCUCAAGCAGAGCAUGCAGUCUAAUGUAACAGUCACCUCACGUGUAGUUCUGUCAGGAGCCACUGCAUAGCAUCGAAGAAGAACACUUUCUCAACUUUAAAUACACUUAACUACUAAAAUACUGCAUUUGUAUCUUUGAAGUGGCAAAAAGCAAAUACCAAUAAAUGGCUUUCAUUGGGUGCAA